AUGGCGGCCGACCGGCGCGAGGACAAAGGUACGAAGAGGAAGAGCGAGCGUUCUGACAGCCAGGAUCUAAAGAGGCUCCGCUCCUCGUCCGGCCACGGUACUUCUAGGUCAUCAUCCUCCAAUAAGAGAGCUCCAGGGCCAUCUCUGUCCUCCUCUAAAAAGGCGUCGAGCCCUCGCGGCCGGCACUCCACCACUUACCGUCAUGAGUAUUAUGAUGAACGAAAGGGGAGACGUGGGGCCCGAGAGGUGACGAGGAGCCGUGGAGGAGAGGACGCAAGACGGCGAGAGUCCCAGAGAGGCCUGGAGGGUCUGAGUCAGAAGUUACGCCGUGAUGAGCGGCGAGCAAGUCCCUCCCCCCAUGAGGAGGAGAACCAAUCAGAGGAUGAGACAGGAGCAGAAUACGGCUCAGAACAAGCAUCGGGCAGCUCCUCCCCCGCUGCUUCCCACGUAGAGGAGGAAGAGGAAGAUGACCAGGAGGAAGAGGAGGAAGAGGAGGAAGAAGGUAUGGAGGAAGAAGAAGAGGAGGAGGAGGAGGAAGAGGAAGGAGAGAAGGAGGAGGAGGAUGAGGAGGAAGAAGAAGAGUACGACCGUCGUGGUGGUGAGGGCAAUGACUAUGACACACGUAGCGAGGCUGGUGAUUCACGCUCCGCCUCCUCUGUCAGCUUCUCUGAUGAUGGCGAAUCAGCACACUCAGGCUCCGCCUCUGAGGCCUCAGGUUCAGAAAAGAAGCGGGAGAAGCUGUCAUCGUCGGUCCGUGCAGUUCGUAAAGGCAUGGAGAAUCCAACAAGCAAGCUGCGUUAUAUCCUGAGAGAUGCCCGAUUUUUUCUCAUUAAGAGCAACAACCAUGAGAAUGUGUCGCUGGCCAAAGCUAAGGGUGUUUGGUCGACACUGCCGGUGAACGAGAAGAAGCUCAAUGCUGCCUUCCGCUCAGCUAGGAGCGUCGUUCUCAUCUUCUCUGUGAGGGAAAGUGGAAAAUUCCAAGGUUUCGCUCGUUUGGCGUCAGAGUCUCAUCAUGGUGGCUCUCCGAUCCACUGGGUGCUCCCUGCUGGAAUGAAUGCCAAGAUGCUGGGAGGAGUGUUUAAGAUUGACUGGCUCUGCAGGAGGGAGCUUCCUUUCAUUAAGACCGCCCACCUCUCAAACCCCUGGAACGAACACAAGCCGGUGAAAAUUGGACGUGACGGCCAGGAGAUCCAGCCGGACAUUGGUGCUCAGCUCUGUGCCCUGUUUCCUUUGGAUGAGAGCGUGGACAUUCACCAGGUGGCUCGCCGCAUUCGUCACAAACGUCGCACACCAUCGGAGCCGCGGCCUCGAGGCCGACCACCACAACGUGAACCGGGAAGGCGUCGACCUGAAGAGUAUGACCUCCACGGCAGGAAGCGACCGCGACCUGACGGUCCACCAGACUUCAGCCAGCGAGCAGGGUUCAUCCAGGACCUGAGGAGCCAGCCAGUGGACAGGCGAUUUUCUGGCGUAAGACGAGACGUGUUUCUUAAUGGGUCCUAUAACGAGUAUAUGAGGGAUUACCACCACAGUGUCGGCCCCCCGGCGCCCUGGCAGACUCUGGCGGGCUAUCCUGGCGUGGAGCAGCCACCCCCACACCAUCCACCCUACUACCACCACAGCCACCCACCGCCUCCCCCUCACCAGGCCUACCACCAUCAUCACCACCCACCCCUGCCACCACACGAGGCCCCGCCCCCUCGCUUCAGAGAUAAGCAACGACCACCGCAGCACCGCGCCUUCACGUCCAGCCCACACGACUAUGACAUGCGAGUGGACGACUUCCUGCGGCGGACGCAGGCAGUGGUGAGCAGCCGGCGGGAGCGAGAGCGUCAGCGUGAGCGUGAGCGAGGUGGCCCGCGCCGUGACAGAGAGCGAGAGCGAGUGAGGGAUAGAGACAGAGAAAGAGAGAGGGACAAGGAGAGGGGGCGGUACCGCAGGUGA